AGCACGUGACGGUAGCCCGACUGGGCGGUGACCCUACCGCGGUGUUACGCUAUUAAAGCGCCCCGAACUUCUCCUCCCCGUUCGUCCCCCGCCCUUCACAAAAGCCAAAGCGGUUGCGGUUGCGGCGGCGGCGGUGCGGGGUGCGGUGCGGUGCGCUUCCUCUAUCCCUCUUGCGCUCAACGCCACAUGGAAGUUCGCCGGAGAUUCCCCCAUGGCUCCGCGGCGAGCCGUCCGCCGGCGCCGGGGACCUCCAAGAACCGCCGCGGCGGAGGCGGGGGCGCCACCGCGUCCGCUGCCGCCGACCGGGUUCAGGCAUCGGACGCGCUCCCGCUCCCGAUCCGGCACACGAACCUCCUCUUCUCCGCCAUCUUCGCGGCGUCGCUGGUGUACCUGAUGCGGCGGUGGCGCGAGAAGAUCCGGUCCUCGACCCCGCUCCACGUGGUCGGCCUCGCCGAGAUAUUCGCCAUCUUCGGGCUCGUCGCCUCCCUCAUCUACCUCCUCAGCUUCUUCGGCAUCGCCUUCGUCCAAUCCAUCGUCUCCUCCAACGACGAGGAGGACGACUUCCUCCUCGCCCCCCCGUCCGCGCCGCCACAAACCCCCGCCGCCCCCGCGCCCUGCUCCCUCCUCGUCUCCUCCGAGUCGGCCGCGGCCGCUGCGGAGAAAAUGCCUGAGGAGGACGAGGAGAUCGCGGCCUCCGUGGUCGCCGGGAAGACCCCCUCGUACCUCCUCGAGACCAAGCUGGGAGACUGCCGGAGAGCCGCGGGGAUCCGGAGGGAGGCGCUGCGCCGGAUCACCGGAAGGGGAAUGGAGGGCCUCCCGCUCGACGGCUUCGAUUACGGGUCCAUCCUGGGGCAGUGCUGCGAGCUCCCGGUGGGGUACGUGCAGCUCCCCGUGGGGAUCGCGGGGCCGCUGGUGCUCGACGGGAGGGAGUACUAUAUCCCGAUGGCGACGACGGAGGGUUGCCUCGUGGCGAGCACCAACAGGGGCUGCAAGGCCAUCGCCGAGUCGGGAGGCGCCGACAGCGUCGUCUUGCGCGACGGGAUGACGCGGGCGCCCGCCGUGCGCCUGCCCUCCGCCCGGAGAGCCGCCGAUCUCAAGGCCUUCAUGGAGGACCCCGCCAAUUUUGAAACCCUAGCCCUCGUCUUCAACAGGUCCAGCAGAUUUGCGAGGCUCCAGAGUGUCCAAUGUGCGCUCGCUGGGAGGAACCUGUACAUGCGAUUCACCUGCAGCACGGGAGAUGCCAUGGGGAUGAACAUGGUUUCAAAGGGUGUCCAAAACGUAUUGGACUACCUGCAGAGUGACUUCCCCGACAUGGACAUCAUCAGCAUCUCUGGUAACUUCUGUUCUGAUAAGAAACCAGCCGCUGUGAAUUGGAUCGAAGGUCGUGGGAAGUCGGUGGUUUGUGAGGCGACCAUCAAGGGGGAGGUGGUGAAGAAGGUCUUAAAGACUAAUGUAUCAGCACUUGUGGAACUCAACAUGAUCAAGAAUCUAGCUGGAUCAGCGGUUGCUGGAGCUCUUGGAGGGUUCAAUGCUCAUGCCAGCAACAUUGUGUCUGCAAUAUUCAUAGCCACUGGCCAGGAUCCUGCUCAAAAUGUGGAGAGCUCUCACUGCAUCACCAUGAUGGAAGCUGUGAAUGAUGGCCAGGAUCUUCACAUCUCUGUUACCAUGCCAUCAAUUGAGGUUGGUACGGUUGGUGGUGGGACCCAGCUAGCCUCACAGUCAGCCUGCUUGGACCUAUUAGGUGUGAAGGGUGCCAAUAUGGAAUCCCCUGGGGCCAACGCCCGGCUUUUGGCCUCCAUUGUGGCUGGCGGUGUCUUGGCCGGCGAGCUCUCUCUUAUGUCAGCUCUUGCUGCCGGCCAGCUCGUCAGAAGCCAUAUGAAAUACAACAGGUCCAGCAGAGAUGUCACCAAGGCUGCUACCUCCUAAGUUAUUCCCUUUUUCGCAGAUAGACCCUCCCAGAACCUCGAAAUUGUAGUAAGAAGUUGCAAAGAACGUAAGAGAGGGGAUGUGUGCUGUUUGGGAAUAAACAAAAGAGUGUAGCAUCUUAUAGGCAGCUCGAGAGGUAGCACUGUACUUUCUGCAUUAUCUGUAUAUGUGCCCCUCUGGGAAGUUAAUGGCGCAAUGCUCUGGUUUAUUCUCCGAUUCUCCUCGCCCCUCAUGAAGGGCUGUCUCGCAUGCAGAUGUUUAUGUGAUUUAACUCUCGGCAUCUUUUUCUUUUAUUUGUGAUUCUGUUUAUUUGUGAUUCUGUUGUACCAGACCUCUCGUGGACGAUGUGUAUUUUUCUGAUACCAGUUCUGUUCUCAUUGUCUCAAUAAACUCGAGGAGCACAAAUUUGUACUUAGACAUUCAAAGCUUUUCAAUGUGAUAAAUUUUUUACUUUUUUGGUUUA